AUGGUCAUUGUCCCUACUACUUCUGGGAUCCGUACUGAUUUAUUCGGCUGGACUGAAGCGAUCAGUCCACCCGUUGACAUAAGUUGGUCCGUUGGGCAGACCCCUUUGCUGUGUUUUCCCUGCCUCAUCUUCCUGCUGCUUGGAACUGAACCGCCCGAAUUAGGUCGCUUGGUUGAAAACCCAUACCGCCCUCUACUCAAGCCUAAAAUGCCAAGAAGCCUCCUGGCACAACCAUUAAGACGAGCGGAGCAAUUUAAGGCUCGACAAAAGGGUCGGGUCUUGAGCUCAGCUAAUCUGGGUCUUAGCCAUCCUCCUAUGAAAGAGGAUUUACACACUCCCUUUGCCAGUUUCUACACUUUCUUUCAUCUUCUCUUCUUACACACAAGCCCAUAG